AUGGCGACUGAAUCCAAUACCUCUGAAGCGGAACAGCCUUUCAGAAGUCGUAAAGCCUACCAGAAACGCCUACUCUGCAGGGAAGAUGUGCUGUCGAUGUCCGAAAGAGCAGGGGAAGAACCAAUGAACCCACCAGACUACAGCACGAGCUUUGCCAAAGAUUCAACUUGUCAUCUGACAUGGGGAGUAUUGAACUCUGGGCCUACCUUCGCAAUCUCCAAACCAAGGUGCUAUCAAGGCCUGAAGGCCAGAAAAGAGAGUGCAAGGUUGAAGCGGGAAGCAAAAUCCAAUCUAGCACCGGUGGAGAAACCUGCAUAUCCUCUUCUGUCAAAUCUUCCAAUGGAGCUCCGAGAAAUUGUCUAUGGCCAUCUUCUUAUCAGCAACGCACCCAUCAUUCUCUAUCCCGACUGGUGCGACGUACAAAGAAACGCGGGACUUGACCUGGGAAUUCUGCGAGUCUGCAAAAAGAUAAACGAAGAGGCCACCAACUUCCUGUAUCAGCGCAAUACUUUCCAUGCACUUGUGCGAGACAACAGAGCCAUCUCGAGGUUCGAUCAAUGCUUAUACCCAGCAUACGUCUACCUGUUCCGAAAUGUGGUGAUCGAGCACACCAAGGAGACUUCGAGCUUGGUGUGGAUGCAAGACACUGCCAACUCCAUUCAGACUUUGAUCGCAAGCGACGUGGCUUUGGACUCUAUCACUCUUGCUUUUGCGCUAAGGGCUCUGUCAAAAGAUCCAACCGCCGCAGAGGCUGAAGAUCCGAUGACGUUUGCCAAUUUCUUUACAGAGGGGUCACGAGUAAUCAAACUGUUGGAGCGACUUCGUUGCAGAGUGAUUAACAUCGUUGUGAAGUUGGAAGGGAAGACCAGAGUUGUUGUUUCUCUGGAUGUGAGGCACCUGGAUCGCGAUUACUCCAAGAGCCCAUUUGUCAAUGAUCUAGCAGCCAAGGCAGGAAGGCUUAUGAGGACUGAGAAAGCGAAGAUGGCUCUUGGUGGCUUGAAACUAGCAGUGGGUAAGAUUGCAAGCAACUGGGAAGAGGCAGUGGAGCUUGGUGUCUGUCGCGUCAUGGAAGAAGGAGAAAAAAUCAGCGAUGGAACCGCUCUGAAGAGGGUCUGA